UGUUUAUAUUGAUAUGCGUGCAUGUGUUAAACCGUAAUAAUGGUUGUAAAAGGGUUUUAAAAAGAUAAUAUUUUAGAGUGUGCGCAAUGUUUGGAUACAUGUGUGUUUAAACGAUAUCAAUGACAGAUAUACUCAAAUGAAUAUACGGUGACAACAAUACAAUAAUCAAUUGACACAAAAACAUUACUCAUAUCGCUCUUGCGCAUACAAGGACGUUUUAGUAUUGGUCACGAUAUCUUAAAGCUGCAUAAUCAUAUAACAUGGCAUCAAAGCAGAUUCAGUGUGAAAUGUGCUUUAAUGAAAACGCAGUUGGACAUUGCAAAACCUGCGGUGAUAUUGGAGAAAUUUGUGUAGAUAUUCACAAAAAAGGAAAGUUGUUUCAAACUCACACUGUCGUUUUGUAUGAGGCUGUAAAAAUGCAUGAGGAUGGGGGAGUUAAACCAAAAUUCUUUAUGAAAGACAUCACAGAAGAUAGAUGUAAGCAGCAUCCGACAGAGAGAGCUAUAUUUCUUUGUAAUGUUCAUGAGUCCAUGAUAUGUGGCCGAUGUCUUCAUUCGGAACAUAUUCCUUGUGUAAAAGAAGUUGUUGACUUGUUGCAGGAAGGAAUUACCAUUAACUGCGAGAAAGUCAACACAAUGAAGUCAGUGUUGAUGGAGGUAAAACAUGAAAUUCGGCUUCUGAAAAAUGAGGCAGAACAAAGCAAAGAUAACUACAAGAAAACUGCAGAUAAAUGUGUGCAAGAAUGUAUGGAGUUGGGUAAUAAGAUUAAACGACGGGUAGAUGAACUAACAAGUGGCCUUAGAGACGGGAUAACAGACAAACAUUACGAAAACUUGACCAUUCAUUCCCAUAUUACUAAAUUGUGUGAUGAGAAAACCAAGUGGUGUGACGAUGAGGAAAGUAAAAUUGAUAAUUUUGUUGACAAUAAUUUGGCUGGACAUUUGUACCUAAUGGGCAGACAUUUUGAGAAAGAAGCUUCGGAUGCCAGAUCCCACCUGAAAGAAAUUAAACACAAACAUACUUUUAAAGGUUUCGACUUCAAAGAAAACAAUGUUAUUCUUAAAUGCCUGUUUGAGGAUUUGAAGGAAGUUUGUGAACAACAAGACGAAGUUACUGGGAGCGACGAUGGAAAUGCCAACGAUGUUUUCGCAUCUCUCCCGAAAAUAAACAAGACCCGGCGAGAGCUCACUGUACUCUUGAAUCAGGCCAAACACGAAUCAGAUAUCUCAGAAAAGACAAGAAAGCAGUUCGAGCAAGAGUUACUGAAAGCGAAACAGGACAUAGAUAAAUCUGAAAACAAAAGAAAGCAGUUCGAACAAGAUUUACUGAAAGCGAAACAGGACAUAGAGAAUUAUAAAAAGACACAGAAGGAACUGCGUGAUGAGCUGAAACGAGUUAAACAAGAUCUUUCAGAAAAGGAACGAGCGGUUGUUACUGCACAGCUUUCAUCCCUGAAGGACAAUAUCAAGUGGACUCAACCAACUGGAACAGUUGAUGUCAAGAUCCGUCGGAGGUUUUUGGUAUCAUCGAUUUGAUUUUUACAUUCCCAGAUGGCAUUCAAACGACGCACCAUGCGUCACCGGUAAAACCGUAUCAUGGCAGCACGUUCACAGGACGCUUGCGUAAGGACCCUGAGGGUGAGCGGCUAUGUUGAAUGUUAAAGGCCGCAUUCAGGAGAAGGUUGAUGUUCAUCUUGGGGAAGGAAAAAAAGGUUGUCCUGAAUGGCGUCUCAUUGUAUGAUGGUCCAGUGUAUUAUUGCCG